UUCGUCGCGUCUCCUCUUAUAUUGUCCGUAGGUGUAUUUGUAAGCCCCUUUUGAGAUCUUAAGAUCCAGAGAGCUGCGUGGGUGAAAACUAUAAAAUUCAAUUGCAUUUUUGGUGAUUUUGUGAGUGCUUGUGACGGUGUUUGAACUAAUUUGGCAAAGGGUUUUGUCGUGCGGCCACAAAAUGAGCGACACUUCCAACUCUAAUUGUUCCAAGGAUCGGGCCAAGCCCGUUGAGACCCUCGUCCUGGCCAACUAUGCCCUGAAAGCUGAACAGAAAAAGGCCCAAGGACAAGGUGGUCGGAAGGAGGACGAACGCAUCACCACGGCUGUGAUGAAGGUCCUCGAGGGCUACGACUGGAAUCUAGUUCAGGCAUCAGCCAAGGCGCCCACGGACCGCAAAAAGGAGCACAUCAAACGCCCCAUGAACGCCUUUAUGGUCUGGGCCCAGGCUGCCCGUCGGGUCAUGUCCAAACAGUAUCCGCAUCUGCAGAACUCGGAGCUAAGCAAAUCGCUGGGCAAGCUGUGGAAAAAUCUAAAGGAUAGUGAUAAAAAACCGUUUAUGGAAUUCGCCGAGAAGCUUCGAAUGACGCACAAGCAGGAGCAUCCGGACUACAAGUACCAGCCAAGGCGGAAAAAGGCGCGGGUAAUGCCUUCGCAGCAGAGUGGAGAAGGGGGAUCCCCGGGACCUGAUGUGGGGAAUCCAGGAAACUCCGGAAAGCCAAGGAGCAGCCAGUCCGCGACAAACAAUGGGCAGAGGCGGACGGGCAAGUCAAAUGCAGCUGGGAACUUGGGAAGCGGCCCAUCGUCGAGCAUCUCGAAUUCUAAUGCGGCCACUAGCUCCUCGGAUGUCUUCAGUAAUGAGGCCUUCAUGAAGUCCCUGAACAGUGCCUGUGCGGCCAGUUUGAUGGAGCAGGGUCUCAAUGAGACUGGCCUGGAUUCGCCAUGCUCCACAGCCAGUUCGCUGUCCUCACUGACGCCCCCGGCCACGCCCUACAGUGGAGCCUCCAAGACGACUUCGGCCAGCAAUUCCAGCAGCCUUCUAAUGAGGCAGCUAAGUGAACCGGUGGCAAAUGCCGCUCAUGACUACGGAGUUUUGCUGGAAUCUGGCAGGGAAUUUGUGGCUUUGGGUGAGGCUAGCUACCAGGGACAGAGCGGAGGAGGAGAAGGUCAGGAAAUGGAUUUCCUGGAGAAUAUCAAUGGGUAUGGCUAUGCGGGGAGUCGGGUGAACUAUCCUGGCUACUCUUAUCCACCAAAUGGGGCCAACUUCGAGGAGCAGCAGGCGUCACAGGCCAGUGGAGCCUUAAAUUACAAGCCAGCAGCAGCAGCAGCCACCGACAUCGAUCCCAAGGAAAUUGACCAGUAUCUCAUGGAUCAAAUGCUGCCCAUGACGCAGCACCACCACCACCUACCGCUGCACCACCCCCUUAAUCACACACUACACCACUCGCCGCCUUUGAACUCCUCCGCCUCGCUUUCCUCGGCCUGCUCCAGUGCCAGUUCGCAGCCGGUGGUGGAGUACUACGAGCACUUGGGCUAUUCCCCAGCAGCAGCACCAGUACCCACCUCGAACUUUGGCCAACAGCAACCAUAUGCCAACGGUGGAGCUGCCAUGACCCAGCCCCACCUCAGUGUCCCUUCAACCCAGCAACAGGAAUUGCAAUCCCAGUCCCAAGCCCAAUCCCAGCAGCAGGAACAGCAUCCAUCGCAGCAUCAUCUGUGGGGCACUUACACUUAUGUCAAUCCCUAAGCCACUUCAUUUGCACAUUUGUUGUCCGGCACAGAGAAAAAAAAGUCACGUUUGUUAUCAAUUUGUUAUGGAAAUGAACAAAAAACCAAUUUUGGUUGGUCAAUAUGAUACGGAAUUCCAAGCAGGGACCUUAAAAAGACUUUUAAGACUAUUAUUUAAAAAGAUUUCCGAUUUUUAUUUUUAAACGUCAAAAAAAAUCUGCGAAAAUGGAAAUGGAAAAAACUGUAUUUACUCUUGAUUUCAAAAGGGGCAAAAGUCAAUUACUGUGCAAUUGUCAAGGUAAUUAAAUUAAAUAAAACUCCCAAGAAGCCUUUUGAAAUUUAAUUCUCAAAUAAAGCUUUUUUACGGCUCUGACUCUAAGUAUUCAAAAAGGUUAACACCAUCCCUAACUUAUUUAAUUUUAAUAAAAACAUACAGCUUGCGCAAAUUAGCUUAUGUACAAGUUUUUAAACUGUUAUUUUGAAUAUUUAUACAAGUGAACAUCGAAAUAUUAAAAAUUAUUAGUCUUAUUUGCUUGAAAACUUAUUAUGCUGUUUUUUUUCUGUUUUCCUCUUUCCCAUUUCCUUCCGUUUCCUGUCCCUCUUUAUGGGUCACUUAGAUGGCUUUCGUUUAUUGGUUUAUUGUCUGUGCAAUGUCUGUGUGUAUGGGUGAUAGCGCAUGUGUUUUUGGCUCGAGGGUCUGUUUGAAUAUCCCCUGCAAUUUAAGCUAAUCGCUGCGAUUUUCGUUUAUGGCUGCAUUAUUCCCCAUCAAUAUGCAAUUCCAGAGCGAAUUGGAGAGAAAAGAAUGGCUAUACAAUCUAAAUGGAAAUUGCUAGUAUUGUUAAUGAGAAUGUUUUUGUACUGUCAAAAAUACUAAGUUCAUAGCUAAUUGGAAGAAAUAUAAACUAAUAGUUUUAAUAAUACUUGUACUUGUAAGGAAUAUUGUUUGAAAUUUGCAAAGAAGU